AUGGUGAACCAGAACCUGCUGAUGGAAAAAUUAUGUUCAGGAAACCAGCCAAACGUUCCUCAGAGAAGGUUUUGGACUUCAAUGUAAGUUCAAGUAAGAAGAUGAAGGAGGCAAAGAAAACUAAGAGAGAUGCAACCAGUCCUCAGAGUACAGCUAAGCAAAUAAAAAAUAGCAGUCUUCUCUCAUUUGAUGAUGAGGAAAAUGAUGAUUAG